GAAGAAAAAAAACAAAUACAGAUAUAUGGGAAAAAGCAGGAAAUUAAAAUAAAUAAAAAAAUUGAAACGUGGCAAAUUUUCCAUUGGAUGGGGUCAAGUAAUAGCAAGUUAAAAAUAGUAGAGCACUGGCAAAUGCCAAAUGCUUUGCCUUCACGCGACUGACAAAACAGGUUUGGAUUUGGGAAGAGUAAACACAAACACUGACUAGGACUCGCUAUUUGCCACUGCUGAACAGUAACAGAAGUGAGCCACCACUACCAAAGUGUAUAUAAAGCAACACUAAUUAAACCAAAAAAGAACACCUCUUUGUCACUUCCUCAGCAAGAAAGAUUCAUGGGUUUUUAUUUGACAUUUAGUGGGUUGUGGUGGAAAAUGGUUAGAGGAGUGAGUAAAGGACCCACCUUCAAAAGGAGAAAUUGUUAGAAUUCAACAAACACCAGCACCCAAGUGGGCCUUUUGAUUCUCUCCUUCCUUCAAGCCCUUCUCUUUCUCUCUAUCUUUCAGCUCUAGCCUUUUGGUUUGGUGGGUUUUAAGGAAGGAAGAUUUUAAAGAUUGAUUCAAGUCCUAGAAGCUCACACUGUUUGCAUUUCUAUCCCCUUUUAGCCAGUAUUUGCGUAGGAUUCAAAGUAGUUAUCUUUAUUCUCUCAUCUUCUUUUUUUUUUUCUCUUACUAGAAUCAUUUUUAUUUGAUAGACUCCUGUUUGUCAAUAAAGUUUAGUUAACUUUUUGCACGAUUGGUUGCUUCUAGAAAUGGUGGCAAAUUUAUGUCAUGUAAUUCUGUUCGAUUAACUAUGCAUUCGUGGGAAUAGGCUGAUGUAUCUGUUCCUGGAUUCGUCAGAUUCUAUCGUUUUCUGCAGAUUCUUAAUUCAGGCUGCUAUUGAAUAAGUUUUCACAGUAUGGGUUGGCUGACCAAAAUUUUCAAAGGUUCUAGCUAUAAAGGCCAGUAUCAUGGGAAGUAUGCAGAUGAUAGAUAUUGGCAUGAGCCUCGCCGCUCAGUGGAUGAUUCAUCUGACUUCGACAGAGAAGAGAUUGAUUGUGCUAUUGCAAUAUCUCUUUCUGAAGUAGAUCAAAAAGGAAAAAAGAUUGUUCAGGAAGAUGAUGAGUCCAGCCUGUCAGACGAAGAUGCUGAGGAAGAAGAAAGGCUUGCGAGGGCUGAGGAAGAAGAAAGGCUUGCGAGGGCCGAGGAAGAAGAAAGGCGUGUGAGAGCUGAGGAAGAAAAAAGGCGUGCGAGAGCCGAGGAAGAAGAAAGGCGUGCAAGAGCCGAGGAAGAAGAAAGGCGUGCGAGAGCCGAAGAAGAUGAAAAGCGUGUACGAGCUCAAUUGGAGGAAGAUGAACAACUUGCCAAAGCUCUUCAAGAAAGUUUAUAUGUGGAUACACCUCCUCAAUAUGAUUUUGGAAAUGCAUUUUCACCUUAUCCAUUUCUCUUUCCAUCUGGUUACAGGAUCUGCGCUGGGUGCAAUGCUGAAAUUGGUCAUGGGCGCUUUCUUAGUUGCAUGGGUGCUGUCUGGCAUCCUGAAUGUUUUCGUUGCAAUGCUUGUAAUCAGCCAAUUACUGAUUAUGAGUUUUCUAUGUCUGGCAAUCGCCCUUACCACAAAUCAUGCUAUAAGGAGCGGCAUCACCCAAGAUGUGACGUUUGUAACAACUAUAUCCCAACAAGUUCAGCUGGUCUCAUCGAAUAUAGGGCACAUCCUUUCUGGCAUCAAAAGUACUGCCCCUCACAUGAGCGUGAUGGGACUCCUCGUUGCUGUAGUUGUGAAAGAAUGGAGCCUAGAGACACAAGAUAUUUAUCCCUUGAUGAUGGUCGGAAGCUAUGUCUGGAGUGCCUUGACUCUGCAAUAAUGGAUACUCAUGAAUGCCAACCUCUUUACUUUGAGAUACGAGAAUUUUAUGAAGGUUUGAAUAUGAAGGUGGAACAGGAAAUUCCUUUACUUUUGGUUGAGAGACAAGCUUUGAAUGAGGCCAUGGAGGGAGAAAAGAAUGGUCAUCAUCAUUUACCGGAGACAAGAGGACUCUGCUUAUCUGAAGAACACACUAUCGCCACAGUUUCAAGGAGGCCAAGGAUAGGUGCAGGCUACCGCUUUAUAGACCUAAUAACCGAACCGUAUAGGCUAAGCCGUCGGUGUGAAGUGACUGCAAUACUUAUUUUAUAUGGCCUCCCUAGGUUGUUGACAGGUUCAAUCCUGGCGCAUGAGAUGAUGCACGCAUGGCUUAGGCUUAAAGGUUAUCCGAACCUAAGUCCACAGGUUGAAGAAGGUAUAUGCCAGGUGCUCGCACAUAUGUGGUUGGACUCUGAGAUCUACUCUAGUUCUGGAGUUGAUGCUUCAUCAUCGUCAUCGUCAGCAUCUUCAUCAUCAUCAUCAUCACCAUCAUCGUCUUCUUCAUCUACAUCAUCAAAGAAGGGAAAACGGUCCGACUUUGAGAAGAAACUUGGUGAAUUUUUCAAACACCAAAUUGAGUCUGAUACAUCAUCAGCUUAUGGAGAUGGGUUCCGGCGUGGUAUCAAGGCAGCAGGGAAAUAUGAUCUGAGGAGAACCCUUGAGCAUAUUAAGCUGACAGGAACUUUUCCUGAAUGAUUUACUGGUUAGAUGAAUACUACAACAAGAAUAAUGUCUCACCCUUACAAAUAGUAGUAACUGCAUAUAAUCUAUAGGAUCAAAACAUAAAAUACCUUGGGAGACUGAAUAAGGGAACAAAAUGCUUUUGCCUUCAAGCAAUUGUAGUCUUUUGUCAUAAAGUUGACAGAGCAUUGUAUGUUGUGAAAAGGGAUGUUCAAACUCUAGAAAGAUAUUUCAAGGAUGUUUUAGAAAACAAAAGCCAAUGAAUUUUCAGUUAUAAAUUUAUUCCAUAUA